GUGCUGCAUGGGGGGCCACAGCCGGGCCUUAUGGCAGGAGGCGCCCGGAACGCGCUGAGCUCCAAUAACGUCCUCGCAGAGCCUCAGAGGUGAAACAGUUCAUGUGAAGACACUGAAAGAUUGCGAGCCCAUGAGGUCAUCCAUGCUGGUCCUGUUCCUCUUCUUCAGUGCCCAGGCUGUGGCCUCCACCAGAGGGGACUUGURCAGCGCCACAACACCACAGCAGAGCAGCUCCAUCCCCAGUGUGGACCCCAAACUUUUCAACAAACGCCACUACCUCUCACCCAGGGUGCGUUUCAGCUCCCAGCCCCCAAAUGCCGAGCCGGAGGGGUCACAGGGCGGCAGCAGAAGGACCCGCAGGAGCGCAGGGCACCCCCAGCACCGCGGGGUGUACUCUGUGUGUGAAAGUAUUAGUGUCUGGGUGGGGAACAAAACCAAAGCCACAGACAUCUCAGGCAACGAGGUGACGGUGCUCCCRGACGUGAACAUCAACAACGUCAACAAGAAGCAGUACUUCUUCGAGACGACGUGUCACAGUUCUCGAUCGGGCGGCUCGGGCUGUUUGGGCAUCGACGCGAGACACUGGAACUCCUACUGCACCAACUCGCACACGUUUGUUCGAGCGCUGACGUCGUUCAAGAACCUGGUGGCGUGGAGGCUCAUACGCAUCAACGUGGCGUGCGUGUGCGUGCUCAGCCGCAAAACGUGGCGGCAGUGAAGGCGCACUCCCACACACGCAGGCUCACGCGUGGUACACCGUCAGCGCCGAGACACGUUAGCAUCCAGACUGUUGCGUCUUCCUGCACAUAAAUGAUCACCAAAGACUUCUCACCGUCUGCACAAAGUAAAUUAUUGGUAUAUGUAAAAGUAUCUGGACUACGUGUAAAACCACCAGACCUGGGUCACAAAGUAUCUGCAUGUGGUUCAAAGCUUAAGGAUGACUGGUUUGCUUGUUUGUUUUUAAUUGUUUUUCAGUAUUUAAAGGUUGUAGCUGUAAAACUUUGUUGUGGUUUACAAGUCUGACCUUGAGGAGGUUUAAACUCUCUAUUGCACAUUUAUCACGACUUUCAAACAUUACACUGAAAAACAGUUAAUUUGUGAGGGAACAUUUUUAUUUGUGUGAACAAUUUGAUAUUUAUAAAGAAUCCCACCCAUUUCAAUUAUUAUUAUUAUAAACUACGAUGAAGUGUGCUUUUGACCUGGAAUAUUCUGUAAGUCACUUAAAGAUAUAAAUUGUAUUUGUGUGAUUUUAAAACAAGUUAUUAAUAUAUACAGAGGGCAGAGGUUCUACCUGUGUGUUGAGUACYUUUCAUUUUGGAAAAUGUUCAGAAACUUUUACAGAAACAGUCCAGCUGCACUGCUUUUUAAACAGCAGCAUAACGAUCGGCACCAGACGGGCAUGAAGUGAUCUAGACACAGAAAAUGUAAAUUAGGCAUCUAAAUGUAGUUCAUAUUUUAACUUGAUUACUGACUGCUCAAGGAAACAAACCAAAUAGAACAAAAAAAGACAAUAAGCUAUCAAUGAACUGAAUCUAUUCCAGCUACAUUUAUGGUUUUUAUUUUGACUUCAAGCUUGUUAAAGGUUCUUACUGUAGCAUAAAAGACCACAAACAACCAUAAAAUGCCUCAGUGUCUGCUGACACUCCAUCUGUGCUGCUGCAGUGAGAUUAGACGUGCAUGGCUCUAUUUAAAUCAUAAUCUUAAUAAUGUUAUUAUACUAACCUUUGACACCAUCCAUUCAUUAUAUUCUSCUUGUUCUGGAGUCGAGUCACAGGGGCUGCAGCUUGAGCAGGAAGGCCUGGAAAGUCACGUCUUCCACCUCGUUUGGGGGCAUUUGGAGGGAUUUYGAGAGGCCAGCUGAGAGACAAGUCUUCUCCAGCAUGUCUUCCCCAGGGUCUCCUGUCGGUUGGACACGCCAGACCAGAGGGCAUCUGCUGAUCCGAGCAUGAAAUCUGGAUUUUGAAUCACACCAAAUCUGUACUAUUGUUUGUACAGCUUCCAAAAACCUAGCAACUGAAUUUACGAGACAGUGUGACUUGAUUCCAGAGAGCACAGGCUAAAACCUGUGCUGGUACCAAUAAAUAGCAACCGAGCCAGCGACAGAAAAGAAAGAAAAGAAAUUUGGCAUGAGAACACAGUCAAGCUACUUGUUGUAGUUUUUCAGUCUUACAAAAAACACCCAGCUGAAAAAAAAAAGCUAAAGAGAAACCCUGCAAAAACAGUUUGACCCAGGCCUGGCAAUAAACAAACACUUCUUUUGUUAUAAAUGAUGUUUAUGUUGUUAUUUAUUAAACAUAUACAAACUUGCA